UCAAGUCCAACAGAGGGUUAUAACAGUAAUUAUACUCACUCUCUUCUUCUGCUUCUUCAUUUUACACACUUGCUCUGUACGUAAAAAAAGGAAAAGAGACGAAACAGUUUAGUCCCUUAACCAGAAAUGAACGCUCUUCCUUCUUCUUCCUCUUCCACCUUCACUUUCUUCACUCAGUCCAAGAACCCCAACCAUCUCUUCAAGCUCACACAUAAAGUACCCAUUCUACCCCUGCACUCUUCCCCGUGUUGCUCUCUCAGCGACUCGUUCUCCUCGUCGACCACGGUGCUGGACAAAAAUGCCCUUUCAUCGGAGAAGAGUUCCCGCAAUGCAGUUCCGUCGGAAGACUCGAGCUCCGAGGAGGUCCUCGUGGUUCGCCGGCCGGUGACGGAAUUUGCCGGCGAAGGCUCCGACGAGGAGGAAGAGGGGAAGGAGGCAGAUGACGGCGAUGACCAGAAGGGUUCGGCGAUCGACGAGGGACUCGCGAGGUUUGCGAAGAAGAUGCCGAUGUUUGAACCGGAGAGGGUCGAAUCCAAAGAGAAGCCCCUCGCGGUGAAUUUGGACUUGACGUUGUACAAGGCGAAAGUUUUAGCUAGAAGCUUUCGGUAUGAAGAAGCAGAAGCAAUACUUCAAAAGUGUAUAAGCUAUUGGUCGGAAGAUGGUCGACCUUACGUGGUACUUGGAAAGAUUUUGAGCAGGCAAUCCAAAAGAGUCAAAGCCAGAGAGAUAUACGAGAAGGGUUGCCAGGCUACUCAGGGUGAAAAUGCCUACAUUUGGCAGUGCUGGGCUGUUCUUGAAAUGCAAAUGGGAAAUAUCAGGAGAGCAAGACAGUUGUUUGAUGCUGCCACGGUUGCUGAUAAGAGGCAUGUUGCUGCUUGGCAUGGAUGGGCAGUUCUAGAAUUAAAGCAGGGAAAUAUAAAGAAGGCAAGGGGUCUUCUUGCUAAAGGUCUCCAAUAUUGCGGACAGAAUGAGUACAUAUACCAAACACUUGCACUGCUUGAAGCUAGAGCAAAUAGAUUUCAGCAGGCUCGAUAUUUAUUCAAUCAGGCCACUAAAUGUAAUCCUAUUAGCUGUGCUAGUUGGCUUGGUUGGGCACAAAUGGAGGUGGAACAGGGAAACUACCGUGCUGCUAGGAAAUUGUUUGAGAAAGCAGUACAGGCUAGUCCUAAAAAUAGGUUUGCUUGGCAUGUAUGGGGUGUAUUUGAAGCUAACAUGGGCAACAUUGACAAGGGAAGAAAACUUUUAAAGAUAGGCCAUACACUAAAUCCGAGGGAUGCUGUUCUACUUCAGUCUCUUGCUUUAUUAGAAUACCAACACACAACUGCAAACCUUGCUCGGGUUUUGUUCAGGAGAGCAUCUGAAUUGGAUCCAAGGCACCAACCUGUUUGGUUUGCUUGGGGUUGGAUGGAAUGGAAGGAAGGAAACUUGAAUAAAGCUAGAGAAUUAUACCAAAAAACUUUAUCAAUUGAUACAAACAGUGAAACUGCUGCCAGGUGUCUCCAGGCUUGGGGUGUUCUGGAGCAGAGGGUUGGCAAUCUUUCAGCUGCUCGUAGAUUAUUUAAAUCUUCUUUGAAUAUUAAUUCUCAGAGUUACGUGACAUGGAUGACUUGGGCAUCACUGGAGGAAGAUCAAGGAAAUUCUGUGCGUGCUGAAGAGAUUCGUAACCUCUAUUUCCAACAGCGCACUGAAGUUGUAGAUGAUGCUUCAUGGGUUAUGGGAUUCUUAGAUAUUUUAGACCCAGCCAUUGACACUUUAAAGAGACUCCUCAAGCUGAACCCAAAUUCGUACAACAUGCCACUGGAUUCUUUGAGAAAUCUUGCCGGAACAAAUAAAAACAGAGCUGAUUUUUCUAGUGACGAGGAGGAGGAGGAGGGUGAUACAAAUGAUGAAAGUGACUUUGAUGUGGAUGCUUUCAUUAUGGAAAGGCUAUCCUUAGAUUCGUCCAAUCUAGAAGUUCAGUUGGAAAAACCAAAAUUUUCUUCCGUGAAGAGAAGUAUUUCUCCUAGAAGGAUAUGGCGAUCAAAUACUAGAUUAGCCAAAGUGACUAUAAUGUAGUUUAGGAUGGGGCCUUGAGCUAUAUAUUGGUGUAUUGUAAAAAAUGUUUUGAAUAGUAUGACCGUGGCAUGAGAGGUAUCUUGCCUUCUACUGAACACAGCAUUGUAAGAAAUAUUUUUUAAUGAAAAGAAAAUAUACCAAAUGACUGACAACAUUGCUUUUGCCUCA